UUGCAGUCUCGCCCUUCUCUCUCUGUGUCAUUUAUGUGUUUCAAUAAAAACAAAACGCUCUCACAGACGCUCCCUCUCCCUCUCUUCCUUUCUCUUCUCUUCUUUUUCUCUUCUCUUUCUUCUUCUCCCCUAUUCUCUUUUUUUUGUUCUUCUGUUUUCCUUUUCUUUCUCCAUACGCUCCCACCCCAUAUCUUCUUUCUGUUAUGUUCUUUUUCAAGGCAGGUUCCAGCAACUGGUGGACUAUUCCAUUGAUGACCUUCCGGUGGGUGAUUUAGAAGAGUUUUCCGAUGAUUUUUCCUAAGUUUCAAGCAUGAAAUUAUCAAAGUUGAGCUGUGAUUAUGGGUUGAUGGAUUUUGGGUAGAACCCGUAUGAUUGAUUUGGAGUUCAUGGGCCUGUCCUCUGUUUUAAUAGGUUUUCCGACAGUGGCCGUGUGUGGUGAGUUUGGCUGAUUGUAUUAGAUGAGGUUGGAUUUUGGGGGAUACGGCCAAGCUCUGUUUUGGGUAUUUUCUGAAGGAAGGAUAGACGAUGGUGAUGGUUCGGGAAAUAAGAAGAGAGGGAGGGACUCAGACAAUGGGGGUUCCCAGAAAAUCAAGGCCGUCAAGGAGUUUCGAGGGAUGGGGAUUCGACAAUUGCGCGAACAAGCGGCUCUUCGAGGCGUUUCAUCAAUUGGGUCCAAGAAAGAGCUUCUAGAAAGGCUCUGUGAAGAUUCAAAAGACCAGGAUUUAGAGGAAAUUCCUGAAGCUAAUGAAAAAGAAAAUGAAAGCGAGAAGGAGAAGGAGAAGAUCGUAACCACAACCAAAAAUGGUGCAGCGGUACUAGAUCAAUGGCUUCCAGAUCACAUAAAGGCUCACUACGAUGUUUUACAACUGGGUGAUGAAAUAUUUGAUGCCAUGUUGAACCAGACAAAUGUUGGAGAUAACAAUAACAAAUUUUUUGUGAUUCAAACUCUUGGUUAGCUGUCAAGUCCUUUAGAAAAUUUUGGUUACUCUAAUAUAUAUGUUUUGAUUAAGUCAUUGUUAAGCAUUAAUUUGUGUCGACUAAGAAUUUAUGGCAAUAGUGAUGCUUUAUUGCUAUGUUUGAUUGAUAAACAAUAAAUAGUUCCAGUUGAUUCAA